AUGUUAGAAAUUCAUCUUCCUACUAAAAAGCAGUUGACGCUAGCAAGUUUUGAUGUUUUCCAAGAAGUACAUCGAUUUUUUAAUUGGCAUUUUUCUGAUGAAGAAUUCCUCUCAUUCGAAAUGAUCGAUUCAUCGCGAAAAAAGAAGUUGAUCGUCGAAUUUAUUGAAGAGACCCAUACCCAUAAUGAUUUCGCUGUUGGAUAUUUGCAAGAAAAUGAUUGGAAUUUGGAAGUAGCGCUGGAACGAUUCAAAAAUUGUAAAUGCAUCGAUGAGAGUAAAUCGUCAACUUCAUCAUAUUCUUUCGAUGGCUGUCCAGAAAAAACUGAAAAUGGUGUUAUGAAUAAUUGGAAUUUGGAGAUUGUCUUUCGUAUUCCUGCUUACGGAUUUGUUUUGCCUAAUCUAUCAGAAUUGCCUGCUGAAUUCAGAGACUUUCUGGAAAAGGAUCUUAUUGAAACGUCAACUUUGAAAAGAUUGGAAAGACAUCUAAACUGGUGGUAUUGGAAUGGAAGCAGCCAACGGUUGUGGCCAUUAAGUACAACUGGUGAUGGCAACUGCUUAUUGCAUGCUGCUUCUCUUGGUAUGUGGGGAAUUCACGAUCGGCAGCUUAUUCUUCGAAGUAUUUUGCACCAGAUGCUGACGAGUGGGAGCAGAAGGCAUACUUUAUGGAGACGAUGGAGAUGGGUAGAAAGUAAGAUAAAUUUACAGUCAGGUCUCGUGUUGAAUGAAGACGAAUGGCAGCAUGAAUGGAACAAUGUAUUAAAUAUGGCAGCAACAACACCACGUUCGAAAGCUAACAGUGAGAAUGAAGUCAUGGAAAAAUGUGAACGUAAUGAACAAAUAUAUGAAAGUUUAGAAGCAAUACAUGUUUUUGCCUUGGCACAUAUUCUUAAAAGGCCGAUUAUAGUUGUAUCGGACACUGUACUUCGAAAUGCAGCUGGCGAAGAAUUGGCCCCAAUACCAUUCGGUGGUAUUUAUCUUCCGUUAGAAUGCCCUGCAUCAAAAUGUCAUCGUUCUCCUUUGGUUCUCUGUUAUGAUUCAGCUCAUUUUUCUGCUGUGGUUCCUAUGCGCAAUGCUUUUUCAAGUUCUGUACAACCUGUUAUUCCAAUAACAGAUAAAAAUCGAAAUCUUCUACCAAUUCAUUUUUCUGUUGAUCCUGGGCCUGAUUUCACUUGGUGGAAAGAUGCAGAUGAUUUGAAAAUUGCUUCAAAAAUUGAACUUAGUGAGGCAGAUCAACUUUCAUUAAUGUGUGAAUAUAUGGAUAUUACGAAAAUUUUGAUUCGAAAAAGUUCAGUUCGACGUAGCGCUUUAUCGGAAUCACCUUCACACAGAAGGCUUACUGCUCCAUUAAAUAAUGGAAAUGAAAUGAAAAAUUAUUCCUCCAAUAUUCUUAAUGAAAUCUCACAGCAAUUACGAAAACGUUUCAAAUUUCGGUCAAGAAAAUUUGAUUCUCUGGAUGAUGGAUUGAAAACUGUUACUAUAAACGAUUUACACUGUAACAACCUUGUGCUUGCAGCUCGUUUAUACUCGCAUGAGCAUCAAUAUAUGGAAUAUAUGGUUGAAAAUUAUCUUGCCUCAGCUCGUGAACGUUUUGAACAGGCAAAAAAUACUCCAUCAUCAGUAAAUCGACAGCGAUCUCGAAUAUCUAGCUCCUUCAGCACCAGUUCGCUUUCGAUUACUUGCAUUAAUAAUGGCUGUCAACAGCCAGCUUCACCAACAACCAAUUUCUUGUGCAACAGUUGCUUCGAUUAUCAGCGGCAUAUAAUGACAUCAUUUGGAUGCAAUCGGCCAGGAUAUUUACGGUCGUUACGUUCUCACACAACAGAAUCACCGUCUCAUACUAAGCAGUUUGUAUCUGUUAAAUCAAACACUAUGCCAUCAUUCUCUAUUUCAACCUGUGGCACAGAUGAUGCAGUGCAUUUAAUGGAACAAGAUAGAAAAUCUUCGCGGAUCUCUAUUAAUACAGGCGAAUCAUCGUUAGCUUCUUCAUGUUGUGGGCAGGGUGGUAAUGGAGCGGUGCAUACAAUUUCAAUGCAUUUUGCUGAACGUCCUUCAGAAUAUGUCACUACUAGAGUUUCAUCAAAGAUGAGCGAAAAUGGUAUCACACACUAUUUUCUUUCUAUGUAG